CCGUUCCCCCGGCAGCCAGGAAAGGGGCAGGGCAGGUGGGGCGGGCAGGGCAGCUCCAACUUGCCGGCAGGGGGGAGAGGAAUGCUCGUGUUGCCGCGGGAGGUGUGCGGGGUGUGCUCGCUUCGCGUCCCAGAGAUCCCCCCAAAUCCUGCCCGUGGUUUAAAAAUCUCUCUCUUGGCACAAGUGCGCGGGAGCCAGGCUCACUUUAUCGCCGCUGACGCUGUCAAAAUCGCUGUGGUUCCAGCAGUAACAGCAGCGAGCCCCCUCCCUUCCUCCCUCCAUCCCUCCCUCUCUCUGCCGGGUCACCCGCUCCUCGUGAGAAACCAAACGCUGAUAUUCCAUUAGCUUCAUCUUCCCCACGAAAGUGAAGAAGACUUGCUAAUUAAUUUACAUACGAGGGAACGAUGUCUGAAGGAAGGAAAAAAUACCCCGUUGCACCUGCUCCGCCGAGACUUGCCAUCUGAAUCUGGAGGAGAGCUAUAAAUCAUGUAAAGUGUUCGCGGUGGAGUCGGCUUCUUCUGAGAGCUGUAGGAUUAUGUAUCCAAAUGCUGAAUUUAUAUUUCCCACUAGGAAAAGACUGAAACUCAGAUGCUUCAGAAGCUUGCUGUGUGCUUACCACGGGUUCUGCCAACCACCUCAAGAGGGGACUCACCUAUUCUUUCUUUAGUCGAGCAAAACAUUAUCUUGAAAUAAUUAUUCCUCUCCACAUGGCCUUCGUACUCGUGUCAGCUUAUCUUCUGCUGACUCAUGCUCAGGGUGCUCCUGUUGAGAAUGGGGCACUGUUGGAUACACUGAAGUCACAAGUGGGAUUAUUCAGCAAUAAAAGUGAGCACUAUUCAGCACAGGUGAGACCUCCUGGCACGAGCCGGCAAAUACCUCAGACAAUCAUCAUAGGAGUUCGUAAAGGAGGAACGAGGGCUUUGCUGGAAAUGUUGGAUAUUCAUCCUAAUAUUGUGGUAGCAGCUACGGAAGUCCACUUCUUUGACUGGGAUGAAAAUUACGUGAAAGGAAUAGACUGGUAUAGAAAUCUGAUGCCAUUUUCUUAUGGAAAUCAAAUUACAAUUGAGAAAACACCAGGCUAUUUUACAUCACCACAGGCUCCAGGAAGAAUUCAUGACAUGAAUAGUUCCAUUAAACUGCUGCUCAUUCUAAGAGAUCCCACUGAGAGAGUUAUAUCUGACUAUACCCAAGUAUAUUACAACAGAGUAGAAAGCCACAAGCCUGUUCAGCUCUUUGAAGAUAUUGUUAUUAAGAAUGGAGUGCUUAAUACCAAAUACAAAGCUAUUCAGAGAAGUCUAUAUGAUGUUCAUAUGGAAAAGUGGCUUAAGCAUUUCAGUUUGGAUCAGAUUCACAUAGUGGAUGGCAAUACUUUAAUCAAGGACCCUCUUCCUGAAUUACAAAAAGUUGAAAGAUUUCUAAAUCUUCCUUCUCGAAUUAUGUCUUCUAAUUUUUAUUUUAACCAGACCAAGGGAUUCUACUGCAUCAGAAGUGAUGGGAGGGAGAGAUGUUUACAUGAAUCCAAAGGGCGUCCCCACCCUCUUGUUAACAGCACUGUUUUGGAGCAACUAUAUUCUUACUUCAGAGAGCACAAUGCAAAAUUUUACAGGAUGGUUAAUCAUUCCUUUGACUGGCAUUAACGUAUUUGGAGUCAAUGUUUCUUAAAAAGGGCCUGAGGCAAACUUUCAGACUCAUCUUUCUAAACUGUAAUGACUUGUAUUGUGAGAAUUGACAUCCUGGUUACAUGCUUCAUUGGAACAACACAUCUGUUGACUCAUUGAAAUGGUACUCUCUAUGUUGGGAAUAAUAAGUUUUAUGUAUUUGUAUGAUUACUGGGAGUCAUAUUCUGAUCUUCUUUCUCUCAUCAUGCAAGUACAUUAACUUCAGCAGACUUAGCAAAGACAUAUCUCUACAAGAUUUCUGCUGCUUUGGAAAAAUGCAUUUAACUGUAAAAAAUGUAAAUAUUGGAAAUGGUAUUAUUCUAACUGUUCUGUAUUUUUUGUUGUUAGUAUUUUUUAUAUCCCACGAUAGUGGUGUUGAUUUAUAGAUUUUUGCAUAAAAUAAGUUUAAAUUGUAUGUUAAAAUAGGGGCAUACAUAGUAGCUCCAAUAAAUAAAUCAUCCUCUUUAAUAUGUUGAAGUAAUUAAUUAAAAAUAGAAGGUAUCUAUUUCACCUGUAAUUUUGAAUAGGUGAACUAGAAGUUACCUGCCUGUAUGACAUUAAUAUUAAACCACACUUACUAUCAUGGGUUUGCAAAAAAAAUCUCCAAAGUAAGAAUAUGAACUUUUUGAAGAAUGUUAAAAUUAGAGUUCUGAAUGUAAAGAAAUUAAAAUAUCCCAGGAACACCGAUACUCUAUACACUAAAAAAAAUCAAUACAAAAAAAUUACUAAUAUGAGCAAUUGUACAAAUAUUUGAUUAUAUAAAUUAUGUCACUUUGCUCUUGAAUGGAAAAGCUCUUAGUACUACCACAUGAAUUAUGUUUGUACUCUGUGACUAGUUAUUCUGUUCUCCUGGCUUUGGUUUAUAUAUCUCCAUUGGCACAAUGAUUCUUGUUUAAAAAAAAAUUAUUUGCUUGCCCCCUGAAGCAUGAUGUAGUUUUAUUUUGCCAUUUCCAAUGCAGACCAUGGGAUAGUCUCAACAUUAAAAUAACCUCGUUUCAUUACUCAGACACAAUGUUCAGUACACUCAGUAUGACAUACUCAGGUUGUCUGUAAGAACCACAACCAUUUAUAGCCUUGCAUCAGGAUUUUAUUUUCAAUUUUUUUUAACAGUAUUGUGCUGAUCUUUUCUGCUUUUUCAUGUAAACAUUUUAUUAUAUAUCAAUACCAAAGAAGAAAAUCUGAGCAUCAAACCCCACUGAACCCUGACAAGGGUCAGGCAUCUGUGUCCUUCUGUCUAAGUCACUGCUCAUCCUAAAGGAGUGUAUGUUCCUACCAUGGGCUUCUUCCACUUCCAGGCUAAAAGGUAUGUAUUGCUGGGCUGACUUUUAGGCUUUUAAUACUUUGUGAGUGGGCUACUUAGGCAGAUAGCAGUAUUCCUCUGAAGCUGGAUAGAAUUGGACUCAGAUUAUGUGGAAAUAGCCUUCAUCAAAUAUUCUCUCAAUAAAUGUAAAAUGUUAAAAAUAAUAUAAUAAUUCUUAUUCUUUAUCUGUUCCAUGACUUGCUUAUGUAUGUAUGAAAGAAAAUAUACUGUAUAUAUGAGAGAAAAUUAUUUUCAUUAGCAUAUAAUUAAUCUCUGAAAUUACCUUUCUGAAGUAGGUUUGUUUACUACAACUCUGAUUGCUAUAAAUGGCUCAAAUUUUCUUUUACUUCUGCCACUUUUUCUGAGAUUGUGGCUUCUUAAUUAUUAAUAUUGAUCCAAUAUAGGCACUACAAAGUACAAUGUCAAUAAGAAUCUGUGGAAAUACAAAUGUAUUUGUUUCAAAUUAAUCAAAGAACAGGAUAUUUAUGCUGGUCUUCUACCAUCUCUACAAGGACAUUGGAUAGGCAAACUUUAAUAAUUACAGUUGUGCAGUCUAACUGUAUCUUCUUUGUCUUUUGUCAAGUAAAAACCUCAACCAGAAUAUUUCUGAACUCUGAAUUAAUAGUGUGAUUCUAUAUCAGAAUAACUUUUUCUAUUUUGUGGGCACAGCACUUUUGUCUGAUAACAGAACACCCAAAUCCAGAUUCCCAGUAUUGUCUAGCAUGGCUGGUUCUUUCUGACCAAUCCAAUCUCAGUGAUAAACAAAACUCCUUCCAGUCCACUCAUUUCAGAAAUACAUUAUUGAAGGGAGCAACAUAAGUGCAUCUUGUAUCAGACAGAAAUAUAUAACUUUCUGUUUCUUAUACAUUCCAAAACUCUCUUUGUCUUUUUCCUCUUUUCUUAUUUUUUUUCCUUACAAGAAGCAAAUUUGAAAACAAUGUAUACUUUAAUAAAAGUUUCAGGUAGAUGCUGGUAAUUGAAGAAUUCAGAUGUCUAUAUGCCACAUUAAAUUUCACAGCCUUCCAAGAAAAAGGAAGGGAGAAAAUUCUAAUGUCUUUCUAUAUUUAUGCUUGCAGGCAUCAAGUCUUUUCUCUUCUCUUCUCUUCUCUUCUCUUCUCUUCUCUUCUCUUCUCUUCUCUUCUCUCUCUUUGUUCUCUGAAGUUUACAGCUAAUCUUUAAAUGAGCUGAAUGCAGGAGCACCAGCUAGCAGAAGCUAUAUGCAUCUUUGAAAAUGCAAGUCCCUUUCUGGAAUUUACAUUUCAAGGAGAGCUGAGCUGUAUGGAUUAGUGAUGCUUAUAUCUAUUUGAUUUGUUAUCACUCCUCAUUCCUGUUCAGCAUUUUGGGGAAGAACAGAAUUGAUGGAAUGAAUUUAAUGAUUAUUUUAGAAUUUACUAAUAUAAUGAGAAAUAUAUUAACUAUAAUAUAAUCUGGGUGAAGGGGUGGUUGGUUUGAAUUGGUUUUAUGUAAAUCAGAUUCUCAUCAGAAAUUUUAUUUUGAUAAAUGAUCAAAAAUCAUACAAUUUAACCUCUGUAUAACAGAGGUUAGACUGUAAUUUUACAUUGCAGGCUUUCAAUCAGUUUCUCAUUUUUUGGUCUGAAAAAUACUCUUUCAUGCCAUCCUGACCUUUUCCAUUCUUAAAGUCUUUAAGAAAACCCUCCUUCCCUCAUGCUCAGGAAAGGAAUCAGAUAACCUUAACAGAAAAUCCACUGAGCCAUACUUGGGUAAUACUGAAAUAAAAAGUACUCACUUUUUGACACUUGGAAUUCAAAAGUAGUCAGUUUUUUGGGAAGACCUGUCGGCUUGCAGUCAGUAUAAAGAUGUUAUUAACAAGACAGUUCUCAGUUUAAGCAAUUACAUACAUGUCGUGAAUUUACACAACUGAUAGUAAACCAGAAAUUACUUUUCUCUAAAUUGUUUAUCAGAGAAUUUUCAUCUCAUUCUCUGAUACUCAAGAGUUGCUUGCAAAAGUAAAUUUCAUGUGGGAAGGUCACUUGAAGAAAUCAUGCAGUUGUUUCAAAGGUUUUUGGGAGCAUCUGAAACAGAUGAUACAAUUAUGUGUGCAAGACUACUGCAGAAUUUAUGAUGAUUUGACCAGCUCUUUGAUGUUCCACAAAUACUAAACUUUAAAUACUGUUCCUUUCCUUUUCUAUUAAAAAUGCCACAGUUAUAGUUGCUUUGAUUUAAUGUUGCAGAGAAUUAACCAUAUCAAGCAGCUGUAACUGGAUCAGUUCAGCCAUGAUAAGCAGCACACACAAUAUCCAGAUGAGUCUAUCACCUCUUCUUUUUUUUUUUUUUUAAUUUGUACUAUAUGUACUACUAUAGUACAUAAAGGAAAAUAUUGGGAAACUUAAAAGCUACGAUUUUACCCCCAAAACUCCUAGUACUAAACUAAUGGGAAAGAAGCAAAGAAGUUCCUGCAUUGCACUCUAAACCAUUAUUUUACCAGGAAAAGGGUUGGAUUUUUUCAUUGUACCCCCUGUAUGCAAAUGCUCAAAGGCCUCGGACUUUGGCCUCUGGUCUUUCACAAUUUAGCCUUGAAAGCUAAAUUUAGAGUUCCUCUUAAAGGAUACCUAUUAAAGCAGAGACAUUUUCUUGUUGUAGAGGACUUUACAGAGGGCACACACAUCUUUACAUGCUGCUCCACAUCAGCUCCUUCACUGUCCUCUUGAUACAAAAUUAAUAAUCCUAUGAAGAUUAUCUAUUGAAAGCUGAUCAGAUUGACUACUGUAGGGAAGCAUAUCUGCAUAAGGAGUUUUCUGUCUCCAGCACAUCGAAAAAAAAUUUAAAAAAAAGUUUUUUCUAUCAAAUUUGACUGCUUAUUGCCUCUGUCAAUUCAGAUGCUUUCAUGAAUUGGACAAAAAUUUUAAUAUUUUUAUAAUCCCUAUAAUUUCUUGUUUAAUCUAUGUGGUCAAAACCAAAAACAUGAUUUAUCAGUUUACUUACAUAGUUUAACUGAAAAAAAAAAAAAGAGAGAGACUUACCCCUCAAUACUUUGAUU